GUCCCAACCAGGAUUUUGAAACGUUGGCGGCCUAGGAAGUUAACAACGAGAGGAAUAGUCUCCACCUUUCGUUGUCAAUAGGAAUAUAUUUCUUCGAAAUGCAGAACAAGGAGAAUCAUGAACCCAAGGGCCCUCAUAGACCGUUUGCAACCCCGAGCAUGGUGACUGGACCUCAGCGUGUUUUGGCAAAGCCCCGAGCUGAACUGAAUAAAAGCACAGUCACAGGUCCAGGCAGAGAAUGUGUUGGCACCUCAUCUGUUUCUCCGCCUAAGAAGAUUUCCAUUGACGACUUCGACAUUGGCCGGCCUCUUGGAAAGGGCAAGUUUGGCAAUGUCUACCUUGCGAGGGUAAAGAAGCUGCAAGCCAUUGUGGCGCUGAAGGUGCUGUUCAAGUCUCAGAUGGAGAAAGAAGGUGUGGAGCAUCAGCUGAGGAGGGAAAUCGAGAUCCAAGCCCAUCUCAAGCACCCUAACAUUCUGCGCUUCUACAAUUACUUCCAUGACCGCAAGAGGGUGUUCUUGGUGCUGGAGUAUGCCCCUCGUGGUGAAAUGUACAAAGAACUACAGAAAUAUCAACGGUUUGAUGACCAGCGCACGGCCACUUACAUGGAGGAAAUAUCUGAUGCAUUGUUGUACUGCCAUGAGAAGAAAGUGAUUCAUCGUGACAUCAAGCCAGAGAAUCUACUCCUUGGCUAUCGUGGAGAGCUCAAAAUAGCAGAUUUUGGUUGGUCUGUCCACGCUCCCUCUUUAAGACGGCGAACUAUGUGCGGGACACUGGACUACCUUCCUCCAGAGAUGAUCGAGGGACACACCCACAGUGAGAAGGUGGAUCUCUGGUGCAUCGGAGUCCUCUGCUUUGAAUGCUUGGUCGGAAAUCCACCGUUUGAAACUGCCAGUCAUACGGACACAUACAAAAGGAUUAUGAAGGUGGAUUUAAACUUCCCAAAGGUCGUCUCUGAUGGUGCCCGGGACCUGAUCUCCAAACUUCUUCGUCACAAUCCCAACGAUCGUCUGCCCCUUCAGAAGGUUAUGGACCACCCGUGGGUGCGCACAAACUCUCACAGGCUCCUCCCACCUACCUGCCCCUCCAAGAAAUGUUGAGACUGCCUAGCAACUGACUGACUCCUGUCUUUGUAUAUUUUAUCUGUCCCCCACUAGACUGCGGGUCAGCAUAGGUUUCACUGCCACGGCUUCACACUGCCAUUAUAUUGGCAUAUUUUAUGGCUGCUCUUUCAUAUUGUCAGUUUUUUUGUUUUGUUUUUUAGGUUAAAUAAAUAAAUGAAACAUAAUGUGUCUUCAAAUUGAUGGAAAACUAGGGUUUCUACAACACUGUUUAUUCCAAUUCUUGUGUCCAUUUACACACUUUUAAAGUUAAUUAUUGUCACUUUGUGACUUUUUCUUAUGUUGGAAACAUUUUUUAAAUGUUAAUGUUGAAUUUCUCAGUUUUCAUUGGUGCUCUCACCAAAAUACUGCUGUGCUGAAAAUUUGUGUAUAAUCUUAUUCUGGAGUUUUUGGUUGGAAAGCAUUCUUUUUAUCUGUAAUCUUCAAUAAAAACAUUAUCCUUUG